AUUGAAAAAUGGAAUCCGCUGAUCAAUGCGGUCUCAGAAUGCUCAAAUUAGAAGAGAUUAACAAGAACAUUAAUACAUAUCAACAGAUCUCAACUGAGAUGCAAGAAGACCUUAGGAUUGGUAACUGUAGAGCUAUUAUUGGAAUGGCUGAAGUCAUGAAGGACCAGUCGAAAUUCACUCAGAGGACAAUGUCAGGUGCAAUGUGGCUUACAAGCUAUUUCUUUUACAAAUAAAUCAUACUUAAACUAUGACAGGUUUGGGAUUUGUAUUGCUGCUUUGUUCCUGUGUUCUAAAAUAUUUAAUGAAUACAUUGCGACAAAGUAUUACUGUGAGAGCUACUAUAAGAUUAUGUUCGUACACAGAGGUGUUAUUCCGAAACCUCUAGAUGAAAAGAAAUUAAAAGAGAUAGAUGGGAAAUUACUGAAAAAUGAGGCUCUUCUGAUCGAACUUCUGAUCACAGAAUGUAAAACUUUACCUCUUCACGAAGCAGUAGAGUCCUAUAGUUUAAUGGAUUCGUUCCUUCAGAAACUUUUCAGUUCAGAUGAAGACGAAUUAAAGAAAGUAAAGAAAGCUGCAAUAUUCUUCCUCAAUGACAGCUUCUAUACAGUUGCAAGUCUUGUACACAAGCCUUGUGAUGUAGUCCUUGCUUGCAUAUUAUUGGGGGCUCAGACAAUGAACGUUGGUUAUCCCGGUAAAAAGUAUUAUGACUUCAAAAAGAUUAAACUCGCCAUGUCUAAGGACAAAUUUGACAAACCAUCUAAGUACUGGUACAAAUGGGUGAAUCCAGAGAUCGACAUGGAGAAUGUGAAUGAGGUAGUAACCUCGAUUUCAAAUUUUUACACAAAAAUAAGUUCUAAAUAA